GAUUUUACAAGUUGCCUUCUGUUCUUAUUUGGUUCCCAUGUUAUCUCAAGAAAAAGGCCAAAAAUAAGCCCCACAGAUAAAAUAUUUAUACUGCUUGUUUAUGUCUUGGGAGUAAAAGCCAUAAAUUUCAAGUUUUUACUGCCCCCUUCUGUUAAUGUUAGAAGUAUUUACUGAGUUUGAUAGUAAGAAGAGUAUGUGUAAUUAUUUUUUGUUUACCAAGAAUACUAAUUGUUGAAGUUGUCUGAUUGGCUGUUGGCAGAAUCUUCAAAAAUUGUAGGAGCUGUGUCCUUUUUAGCAAGUCAUGGCCACUAGGCUGCAAUUUGAGAAUUCUUGUGAUAUUGGAGUUUAUUCCAAGCUGACUAAUGCAUCCUGCUUAGUUGGUAUUCGGGGUUCUGAAAAAUUCUACAGUACAUUUGAGGAUGAGUUAGGUGUUAUUCGAGGCUUUCCAGUGAUUAAAACAUCCAUUAAUGGAAGCUGGUCAGUUGGAAGACUCUGUGCUGGAAACAAAAACGGGCUUCUCUUGCCUUACACCACUACACCUCAAGAACUUCAGCACUUGAGGAAUAGUCUACCACAUUCUGUUGAGGUACAAUGCAUUGAGGAGGCACAUUCUGCCUUGGGAAACUGCAUAGCAUCCAAUGAUCAUGUUGCUCUUAUACAUCCUGAUCUUGACAAGGACACGGAAGAGAUGAUUGCUGAUGUCCUUGGCGUUGAAGUUUUUAGGCAAACGAUAGCUGGGAAUGUUCUUGUUGGCAGCUAUUGUUCUUUAUCCAACAAAGGGGGCUUGGUUCACCCUGGUACAUCCAUUGAAGAUUUGGGCGAGCUUUCAAUUCUUCUUCAGGUUCCUCUGGUUGCAGGAACUGUGAAUAGGGGUAGUAAUGUGAUCGCUGCUGAAUUGGCCGUUAAUGACUGGACAGCGUUUUGUGGCUCAGACACUACAGCGACAGAGUUGGUUGUUAUUGACAGUGUAUUCGGGUUGAGAGAUGCUCAACCUAGGGCGAUUGGUGUUGAAAUAAAGAAAUCAUUGAUCGACAGUAGUUACAUUUGAGUUCUGUGGUUUAUGUUGCAUGUUCUUUGGAGUUUUUCUAUGGAUUAGAGUUUGAGCUGUUGCUCUUAAUUUUACCUAUGGAUGCACAAAUUUUGGUCCAGUUGUAAAAAAUUAACUACGUUCUCCUAUUUUCAAGUGUUUAUUAAGUACGUUUAGUUACUUAUUGCCUUUUGCUGAAAACAACU